AUGAAGAUUCAAGAAUAUCAAGUAUCAAGGCUGGUUUGGUAUAUUGAUGGGUAUAGGUAUCAGGUAGGACCACUUGGUAUCUGUAUUAUGAGAUUCACCAAACUUUCAAGAAAAUUCAAGGCAAUCAAGUAUGAGGAUUCAAGUGUGAAGUAUCAAGGCUGUAAUCAGUCAAAUGGUGGUAAAAUAGUGGUUGGCUCGAGUGAUGGUAAAUCUAUUGUAAGAGAUUGUCCAACUAACUCAAAUGAAAUCAGGUUAGGCAAAUAUUAA